ACUGGAAACAAUUCUGUGAGUGGAAACAAAGCUGUGACACCUUCAUGCUCACAGUUCUUUCAAAGAUGCAUAAUGAUUGAUGAUGGAACAAAGCCUUCUUGUACUUGUAAAGAGUAUGGCCUCAGUGAGCUUUGAGGACGUGGCUGUGCACUUCACCCAGGAAGAGUGGGCUCUGCUGGAUCCUUCCCAGAAGAGUCUGUACAGAGAUGUGAUGCUGGAGACCUGCCGGAACCUCGCUGCCAUAGGAAACAAAUGGGAAGAGGAGAAUGUUGAAGACUUUUAUAGAAUUCCUGGGAGAAAUCUAAGAAGCUGGGUGCUAGAGAUCCCCCAGGAGAGUACAGAAGAGGGUCAGGGUGAAGAAACCAUGAUGUGGAUAGCAAAUCUCCAUUCCAGCAUGGCAGCUUGUCCUGGACCAACACCAUGUGAACCCAAAGCGCAUGGAGAGGUUUCCAUGUGUCCUUCAUCCUCUAGUAGGCAUACCACAUCUUACCCUCCUCAUACACCACAAGAGCCCGAGGAAUGUGGAGCCAAGCAGUAUGACUUGAACUCUCUCACCAGCUUUCAAAGGUGUAUGGGAGCUCACACUGGGAAUGGGCCUUGUGAAUGUGAGGUAUGUUUAAAAGCUUUCUGUUUUCCAAAUUCAUUAGGAAUGCAUCAAGAGACUCACAGUGGAAAAACACCCUAUCAAUACAAGGACUGUGGAAAGGCCUUUGUUUAUACACACAGAGAAACCCAUGCUGUGGGAAAGCUUUAUGAAUGUAAUACAUGUGGUAAAACCUUGAGUUCUUCUACUUCCCUUCAAAGACAUGAAAUAAUUCACACUGAAAGACUCUAUGGAUGCACUUACUGUGGUAAAGCCUUUAGAUAUCCCAAAUAUCUUCGAUUACAUGAAAGAAUUCAUACUGGAGAGAAACCCUAUGAGUGUAAACAGUGUGGUAAAGCCUUUAGAUUUCCUGGUGCCUUGCCGCUACAUGAAAAAAUUCAUACUGGAGAAAAACCCUAUGAAUGUAAACAGUGUGGUAAAGCCUUUAGAUUUCCUGGUUCCUUGCCAUUACAUGAAAAAAUUCAUACUGGGGAAAAGCCUUAUGAAUGUAAACAGUGUGGUAAAGCUUUUAGGCGUCACUAUCAUCUCCAGUUACAUGAAAAAAUUCAUACUGGUGAAAAACCCUAUGAAUGUAAACAGUGUGGAAAAGCCUUCAGACGGCACAGUCAUCUUCAGAGACAUGAACGAACUCAUGCUGGAGAGAAACCCAUAACAUGCUAAAGCUUUUACAUUUCACAGUUAUCUUCUGUUACAUGAAAGAAUCCAUACUGGAGAAAACAAAUGCUGUCCAUGUAAAUAAUGUUGGGAAACCUUUAGGUUUCAUGGGUCCUUGCAAUUACAUGAAACCAAUCACAUGAGAUUCAAACAUUAUGAAGACAGCACUGUGGUGAAGCCCUUAGAUAGUCACCUUCAGUUUUGUAAAGAAACUGUAUACUGGAGAAAGCUGUGUGACUGAACAUUGUGCUGAGGCUUUUAGAUAUUACACUUGGCAAUUACAAAAAAAGAACUCAUUCUGGAAGGAAGUCCUGUGAAUGUAGAUAGGAUGGCCAAAAAGCCACAUAUCACAGUGUUCUUUAGACAUGGGUUCUACAGAUAUAACCCAUGUGCUUCGAGAAAAACCCUAUAAAUGUAAAAUGUAUCCAUACGUGACUCCUUUGUACAGAACAGAUCUCUUCAGUUCUUCAUACUCAGUGGAAGCUCUAAGAUGUGAAUAGUGUGGUGAACGCAUCGUCUGUCACAGCUCAGAGACUUGUUGUGUGGGGUGAUGUGAAAAAGUGUUUACUUAUCUCAGAUUGAAAGCAAAAAAUGAUUCUUCCAGAGCCCAGCCUGAUAAGCCAAUGAUUUAAUAGGGUUGCUUCUAGGAUCAUGGACAACUUUAAAGCAGAUAUAUCACCAAACCACCCACGCCAAUUUGAGUAUUGACUACAGCCCUGUAGCCCUGCACAACUUGAAGCCAAUUUAGACAAAUUUAGAGUCCUUUAUCUCUCUAUAUAUUUUAAGCUUUAGCUUUCUGGGACUUACAAGUUAAUUUGUUUAUUUCCUGAAUCUGGUGCUGCUUCUUCUUUUCUGGGAGAAUGCCAUCCCUUCCUGUGACUCUUAACUUUUUUUUAAUUACUUUUUGUGCUUUAGAGGGGGUGAUAUUGAUGUCAGAAACUUACUGGUGGUUAUGAAUCUCUGGGGUACAGCAUCACUGUAAAAGGGAGUUUGCUUCCAGGAUGAACUGCAGAUAACGAUAACAGUGGUCCAUGUGUGUGUAACCGUGGACGCUUAUAAGGCAGUUUGUCAGACACGAUACUUCCAUCCAUUGAAACAGUAAAUUAAGCUGGGCAGUAGUAGCGUAAGCCUUUAAUCCCAGCACUCAGGAGGCAGAGGCACGUCUGUGAGUUCGAGGCCAGCCUGGUCUACAGAAAGAGUUCCAGGACAGCCAGGGCUAUACAGAGAUACUGUGUCUUGAAAAACAAAACAAACAAAAAACAUAGAAGUUAUUUUGCAGCUGGGGCCUAUGAUGCCCUGGCCUAUUGUACCAGACACUUAUUUCCUCCUGUAGAGUUGCAUUAGAUCCAGUGGGAAAGCUUAUUGUUGUACCCAUGGUAGCCAUGCCAUUAUUGCACCAGCAAGCACAGCUUGGCUAGCCUUUUGGUUCUGUAAUACACAGUGUCUUCAGCUGAGCAACACUGUUAGUGAAAAUUCUCUCUCUGUAACCUGCAAAACAACCUUAUGAGCUUUGUGUCAAUAGGGUGUGGCAUGUUUUUAAGCAGCUAACAAACUGUUGUUUUACUAUCCCAUUUAAAAAGUAACCUAGCCCCAGUAUAUUUUCAAGGCAUGUGAAAGUGUCAUUGGGGCAGGUUAUCUUUAGCCCAGACCUAGCAUCAGGGCUUGUGAAGUCACUCCCCAUUCACUGGCAGUGUGGACACACACACACACACACACACACACACACACACACACACACACUGGGUUGGGGGAAGCCCUUGAUGGUGUCUCCUGUGUUCCUUGCUUGCAUGUGAACACUUGUAAGAUGCUCAGGGCAUCCCUGGAUGGUUUGUCUGUCAUUCUCUUAUGGGAUAGGUGGCUUAAUGUGUCCCCUCAGAGCCACUAUCUGCCAGAGCCCCAGUUGGGUACAGGCUUCACAUGUAAGUGGCCUCACUUUCUGCUUUGUGGCCUGGAUAUAAAGAUGUCUGAAGAAAAAGCAA